UAAGCUUCUCCACAAACACUUGAGCCUCGGCGCGGUUCCUUCCCGUGGUGCAACUUGACCACUGAAGAAAAAGAAGAAAAAAAAAAAACUUUGUUUUUGCUCCGUCGGUUGAUGUCAAACAGACAUCAGGUGGAAUAUGACUUCAUGUGGACUUCAAGCUCCGCUCAAGAGCUUUUUUUAAGUUAAUUUCAAGAAAUUUUGCCUCCUAACUCUUUGUCAAGGUGCGUGAGGAGGGGGUGACUUGUCAACGCCUGAGGGUGAAAAUGAUGCUGAGUCCGGACCAGACUGAGACGGACCUGUCCUGGGCUCAGUCGGACCCGGAGAUGAUGCUUAACGGCCUCAAGUCGGCCGGCUGCGCCUCUGAUGAGCCGGCGGAGGGCGAGGACAAGGCCAGAUGUAAAGCGGAGCAGCCCCUGAGCCGGGAGGAGAAGAGGAGGAGGAGGAGGGCCACGGCGAAGUACCGCUCGGCCCACGCCACCAGGGAGAGGAUCCGCGUGGAGGCGUUCAACGUGGCCUUCGCGGAGCUGCGGAAACUCCUCCCCACCUUACCCCCGGACAAAAAACUGUCCAAGAUCGAAAUCCUCAGACUGGCUAUAUGCUACAUCUCUUAUCUCAAUCAUGUGCUGGAUGUGUAAGGAGAGAGAGAGAGAGAGAGAGAGAGAGAG